CGCAGGUUUGGGUGUGGUCUGCCCUAGGUUCUACUUCGCCAGGCCGACAGGAGGAGCGCCCCCGCCCGCCGCUGGGUUUCCGGGUCGUUUGGGCUACUACCUUGCUUGUCCCGAGUUCUCCCGGCUGGGGCUCGAAAGGAGCGGCGCGUCUGCCCGGCGCUGCCUUUGGCUGGCAGGGAGGGCCGGGCGAAGCGGGGCUACCCAAUGGGCUGAUCUGGGCCUCUCCGAGCCGAGGGGAAAACGCACUUUCUUCGCAACUCCUGUAGUUUCCCGAGGGCAGCGGACGCGGCUUGAACGAUCUCAUUCUGUAUCAAGAUGAAAUCCACCGUCAUGAAUAUCGUCCUUUGUCUAUUGGCUGGGUUUCCUGUUCUGAAGGCAAAGGACCCCGAAGAUAAAUACUCUCCCUUUACAUAUGAUUGGGAUUCGCUCCGUAUUGGUGGUAUGGUCUUUGCAGGCAUUCUGUGUGUUCUGGGAAUUAUUAUCCUCCUGAGUGGAAAGUGCAAAUGCAAGCCCAAAAAGAAAAGCAGCACGUACAUCGUCGUGGCACCGAAACAACCCCUUGCAGGAGCCAGCGAGUGCUGAAUGGAGUCCCUUCCCAUGACCGCCACCGGCCCCGACUCUUGGUGAAAUGGCUCUCCUCCUGACCAAGGAGCCAUAGGCUUGUUUUGUUGCCUUUUCUUGCAUUUGUUUUGGGAAAUAAAAUCUCACUGCCUUGUUAGAGUA